CUCCGCCAGAUGACUCGCUGAUAACUUUACCUGACUUUACAUUCGUUCGAUGAGUAUCGGAUACCGAUCGGGCUGUUUGCGAAACCGUUUGGUCAAUAAGAAGCUCCUCGUGAAAUUUGAGAUAGCAGAAUGUACGUACAUGUGACGCGAAAGGUGUAUCGUGUAUCGGUCCGGUACGCGGCCUGUGCUCAAUAAUUCCAUCAAAAAAGGAAACGUUCACGGCGAUGAAAUUCUGUGACAAAUAAGGAGAAUAAGAACAGUACUGACAUACCUGAGUCGCAGGAGAAACAGCAAGUUAUUGCAGAAUAUCCUUUCCACAGACGAAAGAAAAAAAGGUCAACACUUGUCUGGAUUGUAUGCGAUGUGCCGGCGACCCACCCUCGCUCACUGUUUAUCCUUUAAGUACAAAUCUAACCCUUUACUACGUAUUCGAGGGUAGCAUGCCGCAUACUAUGCAAAUCUACCAUCACCGUUGUCAUUACCUAGGAGUUACAUUUUACAAGAUAAAUCAAUUUUAAAAAUUUAUUUUUGGACACAGACCUUUCUUGUAUCUAUAGCCUGAUUUCCAAGUUAAUAUUAAUAAAUUCAACAUGUAUGCAUUAAAAAUACAAACUGCCUGUCAAAGCGAGGGUAGUGGGGAACCUGAUGAUCCAAGUAGUCACCAUCAAGAACCUGUUAGACCUCCGGCACAGGAUUGUAGUUCAUUUGACAUUGUUAGAGCAACUCAGUAUGGAGCUUUGGAUCGUGUGACUGAAUUAGUAGAAGCUGGUGCUGAUGUAAAUCAGCCAGAUUCAGAAACCGUAACAUUAUUGCAUUGGGCAGCAAUAAAUAAUCGAAAAGACAUAGUAAAAUAUCUAAUUGCAAAGGGAGCUGUUGUUGAUGCAAUCGGUGGUGAACUUGCUUCCACACCACUACAUUGGGCUACAAGACAAGGUCAUUUAUCUACAGUUGUGAUAUUAAUGAGAGCAGGAGCAGAUCCAACUCUUAGAGAUUCUGAAGGAUUUUCAUGUAUUCAUUUGGCAGCUCAAUUUGGUCAUACCUCUAUUGUAGCUUAUCUAGUUGCAAAAGGAGUAAAUCCAAAUAUGCCAGACAGAAGUGCAAUGACACCCCUCAUGUGGAGUGCCUAUAAAGUUAAUAGUUCUUCCUUUUACAGUUUAGAUCCAACACGCUUGUUACUGACUCUAGGAGCAUCUCAUUUGCUCGCAGAUAAUUUACAUGGUAAUACUGCUUUGCAUUGGGCUAUUAUAGCUGAGAAUAGUACAGCUAUAUCAACGCUAGUUCAUCAUGGUGCAUCUUUGGAUCGACCUAAUGUUCUAUAUGAAACACCAAUGACAUUAUUGGAUCGUCAUAUUGGUGCUGCUUGGUUAGGACAUAAAAUCAGUCAAGAAAUCAGAGAAAAACAGGGCAGAACACGAAUAUGGUGUAGGGAUAAGAGAAUACGCUGGUAUUGCAUGGUCAGUACACCAUUUAUAGUUUUUUAUCUUAUUGGAAUGAUUUUUCAAAGUGGAUUGGAUUAUCUAAUAAAAAUAGGUGCCUUUAUCACUCUUUAUAUAGCACUGUAUUUAGCUAAUCAUUUUAUCUUUGACGAACGAUUAUUUCAUAUUAUACCAAUGUCAAUCUAUUUGGCUACAAAGAUGUGGAUAUAUAUAACAUGGAUAUUUUGGUUAGGCAUACAUGCUGCAUGGUAUCUAUGGUUACUAUUAGUAGGUGGAUCUGUACCACUCUGGAUAUGUUUCUUACAAUCCUGGAGGGGUGAUCCAGGUGUAAUUACAGCUACACAUGAGGAUAAGUUAAAUACAAUUAUAGAAUUAGCAGAGUCUGGUGGUUUUGAACCACAAUCAUUUUGCAGCAGUUGCUUGAUUAGAAGACCAAUGAGAUCUAAACAUUGUUCUACGUGUGACCGAUGCGUUGCACGCUUUGAUCAUCAUUGCCCUUGGAUUAAUAAUUGCAUUGGUGCGCAUAAUCACAAGUAUUUUCUGGGAUUUUUAGCAUCAUUAUUAGGCCUCUGUAUUGUUAUUUUAUCCGCUAGUGCACAGUAUUGGCAAUUUGAGUGUUGGACAAAUUUAACAAAAGGGCAUACUGCUGAUAAUUAUCUAGUUACUACGGCUACAUGCGAUGCUUGGGUAAUGUGGGUUGCAGCAAAUACGGCCCUUCAUUUCUUUUGGGUCGGCACGCUACUCGCGUGUCAAUGUUAUCAGAUUAUGGUUCUUGGAAUGACAACAAACGAACGUAUGAACGCGGGACGCUAUGCUCACUUCAAACAAGGGAAUCCUUUCCAUCGUGGCGCUCUUCAAAAUGCGGCUGAUUUUUGUAAUUUAAGUUUCUGUGGAGUAAAAGCAAAGCCCAGCUCAGACUGGUUACAUAGUUUCGAUCAUAAACAAAGCAUCGAAAAGUUGCCUCUACUUGCUACGAAAGACAACUUCCAAUAUAUUUAGAAUUUUUCUUAAGGGUCGCAGAACUGUCAUGGAAGAUAAUGUAAUUUUGCCAUCAGAAGCUAACAUAGUGUGUCAUAUCAUUUGCGCCUGGAGUAUACUUCUGAAUUACCAAAGAGUUACUACAAAAUUGGAAGUGACUUUUAAGGAAGGUAGUGAUUUUGCAUAUACAGAUUUAAAUUGCAUAAUAUAAGUAAUUUCUUACAUUUAAUGAAAUACAAAUUUUAACAUUCGUCUACCGUAAAAGACUGUUCUACGACGUAAGUAUGCAUAUCCCACAUUUGUGUACUCUUCGUUUCAAAUAUGAAACAGAAGAACACGUUGCACAAGUACUUUGACUCUAUUUUUACAACAAAUUAUGAACCAAGAUUCCUUUUUGUCUUCGUAUAUUAUCUCUACAGUUUACUUCUUACUUUCGAUAAACGAAAUGCUAACAUAAUUGAUUAAAAUGUAGUUUAGUUUACGUCGCAUUGUAAAUAUCUAUACUUUUCAUGGAAUUGUAAUGUCACAAAACAUAAAUAUGUUAAUAUUCUCUUUUUUUCAAUUACAAGUUUUUAAGUUUACUUUAAAUGUUAUAAAUU